AAAAAAAGAGCGCCUGAGACCCCUGAAAAGGCGACUUAGGGCGAUAGGUUCAUCGCAUCUGAAUUCCCCAGGCGGCGUAGAUUCCCGGAGGCGGCGCUUAAUCGACGCCUUUUUACGCCUUUUGCGCGUCUGAGAGGCGCGCGCUUUUAGCGCCUCAUGGUUAGUGCCCGAUGGAGGUUUUUUUUUACCAUUCCCAUUCCAAGUUUUUUUUGCCGAUUCAGAUGCUCUCUCCUAGAAUUUUCGCAGUCCUCACUCCUCACUCCAUGAAACUCCUCUAUAGUCUUCUCCUUCCUUCCUGCCUUCUGCCUUCUGCGUUAGGUCAGUCCUUUUGUUCCCCUGUAUUUCGGGUAGAAGUUCAGAGUCUUCCAACCGGUUCCUUUCUCUGCUAUCUUGAGUCGUAGAAUUUUGUAGAGGGAAGUGAGAUAGUGGAGGCUUUUUGCAAAUCUGUGUUUGGGGUUGUCAAACCACAAACAUGAGUUGUACUUUGUCAUCUUCAAUAUCAUAUGUUGGCUCAUUUUGCGGAAGCAUUCGAUUCAAAAACCUAAACUAUUUAGUCACUGAACCUUUUGCUAGAAUUGGCAAUUCCAACACUAAAGCUAAACUCCGAAGGUCUCAUCAUGAUGUGAUUUCUAGCCACCUUGUUCCCAGAUCCUUGGGUGGAUUGCCUACAUUACAGAAAGAAUUGAAGGUAUCAGUUCAGAAUUCAGAACGAAUACGAACACUGCUGAUUGAUAACUAUGACAGUUACACAUACAAUAUAUUUCAAGAAUUGACUGUUGUCAAUGGGUUGCCUCCCCUGGUGGUUAAAAAUGAUGAAUGGACGUGGAGAGAGUUUUAUUGCUACUUGUAUGAAGAAAAUGCCUUUGACAACAUAGUUAUAUCACCUGGACCUGGAUCUCCAACAUGCCCCUCAGAUAUAGGACUUUGCCUGAGGCUGUUGCUUGAGUGUAGUGAUAUCCCUAUUUUAGGUAUCUGCCUUGGCCACCAGGCUCUAGGAUUUGUGCAUGGCGCUCGGGUUGUCCAUGCACCUGAACCUGUCCAUGGACGUUUGAGUGAUGUUGCACAUAAUGGUUCCAAGCUAUUCCAUGAGAUCCCCUGUGGAAUAAAUUCUGGAUUUAAGGUGGUUCGAUACCAUUCUUUAGUUAUAGAGCCUGAAUCACUCCCAAGGGAACUGAUUCCUAUUGCUUGGACACCAACCUCUGAGACCACUCCUUUCCUAAGAAGCUUUCAAUCUGAUCCAUAUACUCAUGCAUGUGACGGAGUGAAUGGGAAUAAAGUUUAUGUUGGACCUCUAUCCAAAGAUUUAAGAAAUGAAAGUUCAUUUUUCUCUUGUGAUGCUGAAAAGAUUCCAGCUGGACAAAUCCUUAUGGGCAUCAAGCAUUCCAGCAGGCCUCAUUAUGGACUGCAGUUCCAUCCAGAGAGUGUUGCAACCUGCUAUGGAAAGCAGAUUUUCAAGAAUUUUGCCGAGAUAACUAAGGGUUACUGGUUGAGGUUGAAUUCCCCCAUUAGUGAGAAAAAUGUCACUUAUGCUGAAUGCAUGCAGGCGGCUAAAGUGGACCAGAUACUUAAAGAUGCUUCAAGAGGAGGCAACAUAGUGACUACUUUGGGUGAGAAGAAAAACAUCUGUACGCAGAGCAUCAUAAAUUCUUCAGAUCCCGGCUAUAAUGUAAAAUAUUUGAAGAUGAGAUGGAGAAAGCUUGAUUACCUGGCCAGCCAAAUUGGGGGAUCUAAGAAUAUAUUUUGUGAGCUAUUUGGUGGUCAGAAUACUGCAAACUCCUUUUGGCUGGAUAGUUCCUCAACAGAAAAGGAAAGAGCAAGGUUUUCAUUCAUGGGCAUAAAGGGUGGGUCCCUGUGGAAGCAUGUUUCAUUUAGGUUAUCAGAUGAACGAGGCGAAGCUUAUAAAGGAGGUGGCCACUUAACAGUUGAGGAUGCUAGUGGCUAUCUUCAAACUUCAUAUCUUGAAGAUGGAUUUUUGGAUUAUUUGAAUAAGGAGCUUGAGUCAUUUUUCUAUGAUGAAAAAGAUUACGAAGGAUUGCCAUUUGACUUUUAUGGUGGCUAUGUCGGUUAUAUAGGGUAUGAUCUUAAAGCUGAAGCUGGCAGAGAAACUAAUCGUCACAAAUCAAGGGCCCCAGAUGCUUGUUUUUUCUUUGCAGAUAAUGUUGUAGUUAUUGAUCACCACCAUGACAAUAUCUAUAUCAUAUCGCUUUAUGAUAGAAAUACAAAUACUUCCCCUUGGUUGGAUGAUAUUGAGAAAAAGCUUCUCCAUUUAAAAUCUUCUGGCUCCAAGGCACAUACUCCAAACACAUCUCAAAGUUUAGAGGUCUAUCCGGCAAAAAAAUGUUUUUCUGCCGAGAAGUCUAGAGAGCAGUACAUAAAAGAUAUUGAGAAGUGUCAAGAUUAUAUCAGGGAUGGAGAAAGUUAUGAGUUGUGUCUUACAACUCAGAUGAGAUUGAGAAUAGGGGAAAUUGAUUCCCUAGGACUUUAUGUUAGUCUUAGAGUUAAAAAUCCAGCACCAUAUGCUGCAUGGCUUAAUUUUUCAAGGGAAAAUUUAUCAAUAUGUUGUUCUUCUCCUGAGAGGUUCAUGCGAUUGGAUAGAGAUGGGAUUCUGGAAGCAAAACCCAUAAAAGGGACAAUAGCUCGCGGUUCAACCCCAGAGGAAGAUGAAUUGCUUAAACUAAGACUACGACACAGUGAAAAGGAUCAGGCCGAAAAUUUGAUGAUUGUUGACCUCUUGAGGAACGACCUUGGGCGUGUAUGUGAGCCUGGCUCGGUCCAUGUACCCCACCUCAUGGAAAUUGAAUCAUACGCAACAGUCCACACAAUGGUUAGCACAAUACGGGGAGAGAAGCGGUCAGAUGUUAGUGCAAUUGAUUGUGUGAAAGCCGCAUUCCCUGGCGGGUCAAUGACCGGAGCACCAAAGCUGAGAUCAAUGGAAAUUCUCGACUACCUUGAGAGUUGUUCCAGGGGCAUUUACUCUGGCUGCAUCGGCUUCUUUUCAUACAACCAAACAUUUGAUCUCAACAUUGUCAUUAGAACUGUUGUGGUACACGACGGUGAAGCCUCCAUUGGAGCAGGAGGAGCAAUCACGGUUAUGUCAAGUCCUGAAGAUGAGUAUGAAGAAAUGGUUUUGAAAACUAAAGCUCCUAGAGAUGCUGUUAUUGAGCACAUUAAGGAUGGAUAACUACAUGGUUGGGUCAUUUCAACUUUAAGAGGAAGCUGCGUUAUUAUUAGUAUUACUCUCAGAGUUUACUAUGAGUAUUAUUCAGCGUCAACAGUAAUGCUCUCAAGAUUAAAGGUUGAGUAAUGCUCUCAAGAUUAAAGGCUGAGUAAUGCUCUCAAGAUUAAAGGCUGUGGUGUUGUGUGUGACAGAUAACUUUAGGUUCUCAGAACAUUUUAUUCUAUUUUCACACAGAAAGAGUGUAAAAGGCGUUGUGUGUUCGGUGGGUGGUGUAUCGACACCUACUAUCUCGCAGAUCCGGGUAGGUGGUGCACAAUUAGAGGGAAAGUAUACUAGGCAGGUGGUGAUUAAACUAGAUUGGAUAUGCUGGUUCUGUUGAAGCUAUUGAUGCUAUGUCUGAAGGGUUGAAUAUGUUGAAUAUCCAAUUAAAAUUAAAAAUUUAUUUAUUAAAAUAAAAC